UAAUCGAGGGACAACUAUAUAAAAAGAACAAAACAGAACCACAUAGACCAUUAAAGGUUGUCAAAGAAAAUGAAAUCAACAUUAUUUUGUAUAAUUUACACUCAGACCCGCUGGCCAGACAUUUUGCUUUAGAAGAAACCUACAGGAGA